AACGCAUUAGAGAACUACACCUUCCUUCCAUUCAGCGUGUUCCUGGCGAUCUUCUGGAUCUUCACGUACAAGAAGGUGCCCGAAACGAAGAACAAGACCUUCGAGGAGAUCUUGGCCCUCUUCAGGCACGGCAACGGAAGGAACAGUUUUCGGGAUAGCAGAUUGUACGGGAGUAUGCUUAACUGUGUUAACGCACUCGAGCAACAUCUUCCGGUGACCGAACAGGCAGGUCUUGUCGUUGCCGAGGAAAAGAUCCAGCAAGACUCAUUUCAGAAUCCGUUUGACCAUAAUACCGAGGAACUGCAAUUGUUCGACUCGUCGUACUCGGCGUAUAAUUUGUUUCCCUCCAGAACACACUCGGCGUACGCCUUCUAUUCAGCUGGAUCGGAAAGGUCCUCGCAACGGGGCGAUUCAGGAAGCAGACCUCCGCCACCGCUGCCGCCCCCGCGCUUCCCCAACAGCGCCGUUUGACAAUGGGAAAGUCUCAACAUCGCGACGUUCAGCAUCCUGCCGCUUCCGGCCCCUCUGCUGGCCCUCGAGGACCAUCUCGUCGAGUUGAUCUCGCAACGCACCAAAGCUUGCGCAACAUUCUUAAGACAUAGCUUUAAGCGUCCACACCGAAACUAGAAACAACAUCUACAAACAACAAACAACAACAACAGAUUCUAGCGCAGAAUUAAAGCAAACAGAGACACAGAGCCGCAUCCACUAAAAGAAAAUCUCAACUAAAAAUUAAAAGUGAUUCUCGUAAGCGUGAGUUUAGGGGACGUUGAUCAUCGAAAAGGAAAAAAAAAACAAACAAUAAUUUAACAAUAAUCAGUGUGAUUUCUCUUCCAAAACUUAAUCGUAACACUAAUACUAAUAAUAUUAAUAACAAUGAUUACUAAUAGUAAAUUAAUCAAUUUAAAAGGUUUAUUACUCUCGUAACAUAUAUUAAAAAAAAAACGGCCUUAAACGUAACGUAGUUUCGAAAAAAACAAUUUUCUUUCUCAAUUUGAUUAAAUCGUUGGAUAAUAAACCGUUCUUGUGCGCUGGCCCGAAGAUUUUCACCGAACGCGAUCAUUUCCUCGUUAAGUUUCCUUUCUCUUAGUCAUACAUCAACAAUAACAACAGCAACUGAAGAAGAAAAACAAAACAAUUAUUCGCAGAAGCGUCUUGUUCUUGUUUUUUGUUUAGUUUAGUUUGCAUUCUUUCUGUGCAAUGAUGAAAGAAACAAUCGUUUCGUUCACUGUUUGAUUGCGAUCGAGUGUGUAUGUGAUCUUUGCUUGAUAAAUUCCUAAACGAGAAAACGAAAAUUCAAUGAUUCUUUUCAUAAACGCAUGACCAUUUACAUUUUUCCUUAUAUUUUAUACCUCUUUUUUUUUCCGUUAUUCUU